CGGACGGCAUUCAACUAUAUGUCAAGCAUUCAUCCACCAACCGCUCUCAACUGCUCCUCCGCUGAAUUAAGAACUGUUUCUCCUCACACCAUCGUCCGCAUCACCACCGGCAGAAUCCCUGCUUUGGAUACUAUCAAUAGCUCUUAACCGGACAAGAGUUAUUUCCAAAAAAAUCAUAUUUCCGAAAUUAUUGAUGUUUGCAUGAACUUUGCAUAGUGAGAUGCACUAGAAAGUGACGCUGAAGACAGUUUGAACCAAACUCCUUAAACUCAUCAUUAAAGGUGGAAGAUUCGACUAUAUUCCUCAAAGAUCAGACAUCAAGAAGAUGACAGUAUGUUUCUCGUCACUUUCUUUGAUAAUCAUCUCAUGGGUGCUAUCAUGCUUUCUCCUGCAAAGCAGUUAUGGCUUACCGAAAAGGGGAAGAGCAUCGCAUGUAAUGAGAGGGUUUGAUAUGCUGCCCCAUAAUAUAGAACUAUUUCAACCAUGUAGAUCAUCCUUCGAGUGCCUUCUCUACAUUCCUCAUAGCCAUUGCGAUUGGAACUCAAAAGUGUGCACAUGUCAACCAUAUCAUGUUUCAUACAACAACACCAUGUGUUUGCCAGUAUCCUUGUUGGGUUAUGGAUGUAUUCUGGAUAGCCAGUGUCAAGUGAAGGUUAAGAACAGUAUAUGUGUUGAUGGUAUCUGUGAAUGUAAACCAGACUUUGUGCCUUUAAGAAAGGAUAAGUGCCUACCACCCGCUAAAGUCGAAGAUUACUGCUUAAAUGAUCGACAGUGUAAAAUGGCUAGUAGUUACAGUUACUGUAAAUACAUCAUCCCUAGAAUUUAUGGAAAAUGCAAAUGUCCUCUGGGAUAUUUAGUUACAGAAGAUGGAGCUUGCUUACCUCACUUAGGAAACGAGUGCAAACAACACCAAGACUGUGAACAAGUAACUCCAAAUUCAUUCUGUCUUCGAGCUGGCAAAAAAGCUUACUGUGAAUGCAGAGAAGGAUAUCAAGUAUCAAAGAACGGAAUACGAUGUCAGAGAGUAGAACCACACCCAGAAGAUUUUGUUCUGCAGUUAACAUCUCUCGGUAAACCCUGUAAACAUUCGGAUGACUGCCAGGCUCGAGAUCCAUACAGCAUUUGCAGAAAUGGAACAUGCGAUUGUAUAUCCCCGGAUGAUUCUUGCAGCGCCCGUAACACAGGUUGUCACCCAGAUACCUUUCAGUGCCAAAGCGGUUACUGCAUAUCCUGGUACUUCGUAUGCGACAAUCAAAAAAACUGCCCCGAUAACAGCGAUGAAGAUCAAUGUAUACCUUUCAACUGCCCCAAACAAGCUUUUCAAUGUGACGAUGGAACAUGUUUAUCUAAAUCACUUGUGUGCAAUGGACAGUGGGAGUGCCCAGAUGGCAGUGAUGAAGCUAGAUGCUACACAGGUAUUCCAUGUGACAGAAACGCAUUUAGAUGCAAGAACGGCCAGUGCCUUCCACAAUACACAUUUUGCAAUGCUGAGCAGGAUUGUGCAGAUGGAAGUGACGAAUUAGACGAAGUUUGUGAAAGAGGUGAUUAUUGCCCUAGGGACAGUUUUCAGUGUGAUAACAAACGAUGCAGGUCAUCGGCUAUACUUUGCAGUGGUUUAGAUGGUUGUGGAGAUAACAGUGACGAAACAAACUGCGAAGUCUGCUAUUGCAAGAAGCCAUAAUUUCAACUGCCUUAGAAUUUCAUUGGACGAUGUUCCUCCUUAAUUUAUUUUGUGAUGUUCAUUUUGAAUAUAUUUUUUACGUUUUUUAUUUUAUCAUUUUGUUUAUGUUGGUGUCAAGUCAUAAUAGAAAAAAAAAACGGAUAACUAAAGUAUAAGGUAUCCAACGAAGCUUGUACAUAGCCAAAUAAAGAUUA